ACCGGCUGCGGGUCUGCGCGUUCCGGUCGCUCCUUCGCACCUGUGGGACAGGUGAGCCGGGGGCGCGCACGGGCAUCUAUGGGCGGCUGUCUGCGCAGAGCGUGCCCGUGCGUGGAGGCUCUGAGUCUGCGGAUAAGAGGAGACAAACCCGGGGGGGAUGGGGGGGGCGGACCGGAGGAGACCCCGGAGCACGGCCCGGACCCGGUCAAGGACCCGGUCAGACCCGCGGAGGGCGGCUCCAUCUACACGGCCCUGUGGCCCUUCGAGGCCCGGCACCGGGAGGAGCUGUCCUUCCAGGAGGGGGACCUGUUCCGGGUGGUCAGCCGGACCGGGGACUGGUGGACCGCCCGGAGGAUCGACCAGAACGGAUGCGUCCUGGACACCGGGAUAGUCCCCUACAACUACCUGGAGAGGGCCGAGUCCGUCCGGAUCCAGCCGUGGUUUUUCGGGACCAUGAACCGCUUCGAGGCUCAGAGUCACCUUCUGUCUCCAGGAAACAACCACGGAGCGUUCCUCAUCCGACACAGCGAGAGGGACGACGUGGGAUACGUCCUGUCAGUGAGGUCCAACGCUCAGGUCAAACAUUUUAAGGUUCCUCAGAUGGACGACGGCAGCUUCCGCAUCGAAGCGGCCGGCGCCGGCUUCAGCUCUCUGAUGGACCUGGUGGAACAUUACAGAUCCAACAGCCUGUGCGGGAUCGGACGGCUGGGGAACCCCUGCAAGAGGAAGAAGCCCAGCAUGGCCGACCUGUCCCACUUCACUGUGGACGAGUGGGAGCUGCCGAAGGAGGAGUUCACCCUGGAGGAGGAGCUGGGCAGCGGGUACUUCGCAGACGUCUACAGAGGGCGAUGGAAAAACCACAUCAACGUCGCCAUCAAGAUCAUCAAGAGCGACUCAGAGUUGAACCAUCGUGAGUUUCAGCGGGAGGUUCAGAUCCUCAAGAGUCUUCGCCAUCGUCACCUCAUCUCUCUGUUCGCCGUCUGCACGGCCUCGGCGCCCUAUUACAUCAUCACUGAGCUGAUGGACAAAGGCAGCAUGUUGAACUUCCUACGAGGUGCGGAGGGUCAGCGUCUGGACGUGGUGUCCCUGGUGGACAUGGGUGCCCAGGUGGCUGAUGGGAUGUCGUAUCUGGAGGAGAAGCACAGCAUCCACAGAGACCUGGCAGCUCGGAACGUCCUGGUGGGAGAAGGAUACGUCUGUAAGGUGGCCGACUUUGGACUGGCCCGGGUUAUUAAGGAGCCGUUCUACGUCACUGAGGAUAAGAAGAUCCCGUAUAAGUGGAGUGCCCCCGAGGCCAUCAGCCACGGAAAGUUCUCCAACAAGUCCGACGUCUGGUCCUUCGGCAUUCUGCUGUACGAGAUCAUCACAUACGGAGGCGUUCCCUACCCAGCCUUCAGCAACCAGGAAGUGUACCAGCAGGUCACCAAUGGAUACCGCAUGCCCCUCCCCCCCCGAUGCCCCGCCUUCUUCUACGACAUCAUGUUGAAGUGCUGGAGCGCUGACCCCGCCCACAGGCCGGACUUCAGGACGCUCCGCCUCCAGCUGGACAGUAGCUCCUAUGAACUGCAGUAACCAUGGCAACUACUGGGGGCGCCACAGGGUCCGAGUCCUGAACCGGAACCAAAGGGUCCAGAACACCGGUAGCUGACGUUCAACUGAGACCAGGACCACCAGGUCAGACCUGUGGACCAGGACCUGGACCUGGAUCUGUGGACCGGGACCCGGAUCUGUAGAUCAGGAUCCUAAUCUUUAAACCAGGACCUGGGUCUGUGAACUGGAACAGGACCCAGAUCUGUGGAUCUGGAUCUGUGGACCAGCACCCAGAUCUGUGGACCUGGACCUGGACCUGGGUCAUAUGUCACUGUUAUACAUGUUUUAAAACUAAUCAAUCAAACUUUAUUUAUAUAGGACUGUUCAUACAAACAGAGUGUAAGACAGGUCUGUGGUCCUCAGGUCUGUGGUCUUCAGGUCUGUGGUCCUCAGGUCUGUGGUCCUCAGGUCUGUG